AAGCUGCACCGCGACCUGCCGCCCACGAAGCUGUACGCGUAUGGGCGCAGCGCCGCCACCGCGCACUACCCCGGCCCCACGCUCGUCGCCCAGCGCGGCGUGCCCACCAAGGUGUAUUGGGAGAACCACCUGACGGACCGCCACCACAUGUUCCCCGUCGACUACACCCUUAGUGACGUCGCCCGCCCGCUGCUGGGGGGCAUCCCCAUAGUAACGCACCGGCACGGGGGCGAGCAGGCGUCCUUCUCAGACGGGCAUCCCGAGGCGUGGUUCACGCAGUACAGCGAGGUGGGGCGCGCCUUCCGCACGCGCCUCUACCGCUACCCCAACCACCAGCUGCCCGCCACUCUCUGGUACCACGACCAUGCCAUCGGCAUCACGCGCCUCAACGUCGCUGCUGGCCUCGCGGGCUUCUACAUCCUCACCGACCCGCGCGGCGUGGAGAGGGCGCUCAGCGCGUGCCUGCCACAGGGCGAAUUUGACGUGCCGCUGGCGCUGUCGGACCGGCGCUUCUUCGCCAACGGCUCCAUCGACUACCCCAGCCAGGGCGUGCUGCCACGCGUGCACCCGCACUGGGUGCCUGAGUACCUGGGGGAUAAAAUCCUUGUCACCGGCAAGGUGUGGCCGUAUCUGAACGUGAGGAGGGCGCUGUACCGCUUCCGGGUGUUGGGGGGGGCCAACACGCGCUUCUUCAAUCUGCGCUUCAUCUGCGCCACUGCCCGCAACUACCCCGACUUCACCCCGCCCUUCACCGGCAACAAGCUGCCCAUCACUGUGAUCGGGUCAGAUGGCGGCUACCUCCCUCAGCCCGCGGUGCGCACAUCGCUGCUGGUGUCUCCGGGGCAGCGCUAUGACAUCCUCGUUGACUUCUCCACCCUGCGCUCCUCCUGUGCUGACGUCAUCCUCACCAAUGACGCCCGUGCGCCCUUCCCUGCGGGCGAGCCGGUCACCAACGACACGGCCGUCGUCAUGCGCUUCAUUGUCGACCAUGAGAGCCCCCGCGUGCCUGCCUCGCGCAUUCCCAAGACCCUCGUGCCGGUCCCUCCUGUGGACACGUCUCGAGUGGUGCUGGAGCGGUGGAUCACGGCGGUGGAGGAGACGGACCCCGCCACCGGGCUGCCCAUCCGCCUGCUGCUGGGUGGCCUGCCCUACAGCGCCCCGCCCACUGAGACGCCCAGAGAGGGCUCGGAGGAGCUGUGGCAUCUGAUCAACACGACGCCGGACGCGCACCCCAUCCACCUGCACCUCAUUCAGCACCGCCCGCUGUGGCGCCGCCCCUUCGACCUCGCCGCCUACAGCAGCGGCGCCUGCUCCUUCACCAACUCCUCGCUACCCUCCUGCUUCAGUGGCGCGCAGCAGCCAGUGGCGGCGUAUGAGCGUGGGUGGAAGGACACCACCAUCCUGCCGCCCGGCACCGUGCUCACCCUCUGGACGCCCUGGUACUCCCAGGAUGGCACGCCCUUCCCCUUUGACCCGACGCGUGGCCCGGGGUAUGUAUGGCACUGCCACAUUCUGGAGCACGAGGACAACGAGAUGAUGCGCCCCCUCAUCAUCACCAAGUGA